UGGCAACUGUGUACUGUGACUAAACUAUGUUUUCAUUUGGCGGUUGGUAGGUUGUACCAGCCAGUGUGUUUGGUGUGUGUAUACUGUAUAUGAAUACUGAAUAGCAUAAAUAAACUGAACUGGUGUAGUUUGUGGAGGUAUUGACGUAAACUUCUUAUAAUGCCAGCGAAUAGGAAAAUACCACAUAUUGCUAUACAAAAUGAUUGGAACAUUGCCUUGCAAAAUGAAAAUGGUACUGCAUGGUGUAGUUUCAAAUACAUUGGGGAAACUAGCAUACAGUGUACGAUUAAAAACGUAGGAAGGGAUGGGAAAGCAUUUGAAGUUACGCCUAAUGAACUCUCCGUUAAUAGGAUAUCUGCUACUGUAAUUCAGGUAACCCAUCCUGAAUCUAACACCGUGUGUUUCUUCAAAUCUCCUGACUCAGAGUUCGUGAACAUUCACAAGAAGAGCGUUGUUUCAUUAGAUGUUUCUCCUGGCGGUUUGGGCGUCUCCGUUUGUACAGAAAACAAGUUACUCGUUUGGGAGACAAGCACGGGAGAUGUAAGGCGUGUGCUGGAAGGUCAUGCAGGAGAUGUUUAUAAGUGUGCGUUGUUUCCUUCAGGAAUUGUCGUUCUCUCGGGCGGUGCUGACAUGGUGUUGAAAAUUUGGUCUGCAGAGACUGGACAGUGCCCUGUGACCCUGCGUGGACACACAGCAGCAGUGACAGACUUCUGCAUCGUCGACAAAGGAAAGAACAUUAUUUCUGUUUCGAAAGAUGGCACGGCGAAGCUCUGGAGCUGUGGACAGGCAGCAUGUCUUGGUACGGUUGUCAAGUUGGAUGGAGACAUAAAUUGCUGCAAUAUUUCGGUCGCAGAGGAGGGCUUGGACCUUGGAGAACGCACUGAUCCGUUGCAGGAACAUGAAGUUGGUACACAAAAUAAGAUUUUAUUGGUUGGAUGUGAAAGUGGCAUUGUUUGCUGCGUUUCAGUUUAUAGUAAGAAGAAAUUUUUCUCGGUUAAAAGCCCAUCUGCCGUAAAUAGCGUUAAAUUUCAUACAAAAAGUAAUGUCUUAGUUGGGUGCCAGGAUGGCAGCAUUCACCUUUACAACUUAAAAACAUCAGAAUGUAUCCUGACAUUAAUGGAAUCGUGUAGCCCUGUCCUCAGUCUGUUGACUCUUGAUAGUGGUGCUGUAUUUGUUGGCAGGGCUGAUGGCACAUGCAUAUGCUACAGGAGUGUUGCACAAGACAAUGAAUCUACUGCCAGAAGACUUCAGUUUACUGGUUCUGACUUUGAUCCUAUAUAUGGCAUUUGUUCUGAUGGCAAAAAAAUAUACACUGCUUGUCGUGAUGGUGUUAUUAGAAGUUAUAAACUUACAGGUGAAUUGGACAUGAUGUUUAAGAGUACUUAUACAUGAUAACAAUUCCUGCAAUCAUUAUAUGUUUGUUAAGUGUGUGGCUUUACUGCACUUACCUGCCUUGCAGGCUUGCCUGUUAACUUGACAGCUGCUAUUCUAAUUUUGAAGAAAAUAAUUAAAAGCUUUUAUAAUGGUGUGUGAAUCGUUUUUGUUCUGAUACAGUUUCCUUGGCACUGAAAAGGGGUAACAUUCUUUCUGCUAUGUGGGCAAAUUUUUAAAAUUUCGCACAUCAUAACAGUAGCUAAUGGAGGCACAUAAACGGGUUUUACAAUAACUAUGCAGUUUUGUCUGUGGACUCCUGAAUUGGAAUCAGUGUAGCGAGGAAUUACAGCAUAGUCAUUUAAUAUUUGUCUGGAAGUUCCACUUAAUUGUAUUGUCUAUAAGAUUUUAACUUAGAGAGUUCCUUUAUAGUAGAAAAUGCCUUCAGUCUGAAAUAAUGCUGCUUUAUUGAUGUACAAUGUAGUUUGGCCCCAAUGGAUCCAAAAUCAGGUGUGUUUGAAUCUUUCAGUAGUUUACUUGGUAAUGAAGUCAUAGAAAAGUUUUUCUGAGCAGUUGAAACUCACAUUACUUGUCAUUGUAUUGGUGUUCAAUAUUUAUCUGCAUUCACUGGUGCACAUAACUUCAUAAGAACACUCAGCAUCACAUUAUGUCAUGUAUACAAGUCAGAUGCCUUUUGACUGCUGUUAGGAACUGGCUGUGGCACCCAGCUUCUGUGACUUACAGCAAGUGAACAAGUUGAAGAAGCCAUGGACAGAAAUGUGUUGUAUACUGUAAUUAAGCAUUGACUACAUUGUCGUCUGUACUUGGUGUACUCAGUGCUGCUGCUUGCACAAUUGAGAACUGCAGGCAGAAUUCAAAUAGAAUAUUGAUGGCACCUCAUAAUGAUUAUGUUAGUUGUUCAAAGUAAACUUUAGCACUGUGUGUAUGAUUAGGUAGUGAUAGUCCAUGUGGAUGACUUCUAUUUAAAUGUUAUCAUGGAAAGUGCUUGGUGAAAUAUAAAUAAUGGAAGGAGUAGAUAAAGAUAACAACUUACUGUUUAGUUGAGGCAAGAGUGGGCAACACACACAUAAACAAGACUGAAAAUGUUGCCAAGAUUUUGGACCGUAUCAUCCUCCAGAACUAACUUCAGCAGAAUGAACGUAACCACACAUGCAUCUGAAUGGCUACACUUUCCCAAAAUAUUCAUUAUUGAUAUAGAAGUUUUGAUGCUGUUGUAAGUGCGUGUGUUUUAUUUAAGUAUGGUACUUCCCCAUCAGGUUCUUGGUGGUGCAGUCUGCUGUAAAUGAAACAGAGAUUUCAUCUUACAACACAUGUGCAACUAUGAUGUUUUUUCCAUGUGCUUCCUUCAUGGUAACAUCGCUUUCAACAUGUACAGAAAACACACUGUUAAUAUUU